CAAAUUCCAUUUUCCCACAACUCCUUGCAACACUAUCAACUCAACAAAAGUCGGUGCAUGCAGUUUAUCCAAUUUUGGCAGAUGUGACAUUACGAUGAACCACAACCCCUUACCUGAAGGGGGUUACCCAAUCACAAGAUCAAUCAGAAUCAUUAAGCAGGACUUUAAUAAUAGUUAAAAAUUACGUACACGUAGAUGUUGACAUUUCUGUUCUAUCUAUAAAUCCUAGCUGGUUAAUGAUCCCAUUGUAUCAUCAAGGAGAUUAGUGCUAAUUAAUAAUAGUACUACUUCCAGAGAGGAAAUCAAGCAACCAUGGCAGAGAGUAGUAAUCUGAGUCUAAGAUGGUCUCUCAAAGGAAUGACUGCUCUAGUCACCGGUGGAACAAAAGGAAUUGGGCAUGCUAUUGUAGAGGAAUUGGCCUGGCUAGGUGCAGCGGUUCAUAUUUGUGCCCGGACCAAAGACGAUAUCAGUAAGUGCUUGAAAGACUGGGAGGCAAAAGGUUAUCAAAUCACUGGUUCAGUCUGUGAUGUUUCGGUUCAAGCUGGACGCGAGGAAUUGAUGAAAACAGUUUCUACUGUUUUUUCUGGAAAGCUCAACAUCUUUGUAAACAGUGCUGCUGCAUACAUAUUUAAAGAUACCUUGGACUACACUCCUGAGGAUCACAUAAAAGUCAUGACUACAACCUUUGAAGCUGCUUAUCAUUUCUCAACACUUGCCCACCCUCUCCUGAAAGCAUCAGGUUCAGGAAACAUUGUUUUCAUUUCUUCUGUUGCUGCAGUCGUUGCUAUACCUCUGGUGUCCAAUUAUUCAGCUUGUAAAGGAGCAAUAAAUCAAAUUACCAAGAACUUUGCUUGUGAAUGGGCCAAAGACAAGAUUCGUGUCAAUUCCGUCGCACCAUGGGUUAUCAGAACUCCACCUCUCGAACCGAGGCUGCAAGACAAGGCGUAUGUAGACACCAUCAUUGCACGAACUCCGAUCCGUCGCAUAGGAGAACCAAGUGAUGUUUCAUCUCUGGUUGCAUUUUUAUGCCUCCCAGCUGCUUCUUAUAUCACUGGCCAGAUUAUCUCUGUAGAUGGCGGAUUUUCAGUCAACGGUUUCUAUCCAUUGCAUGACUAAUAACAGUGACAAUUUUAUAAUUCUGGAUACUGUAUUUCAGUAAUUGAUACAUUGCAGCAGUAUGUGUGAUUGCUCAAAUAAUGGCUCUGGUUCCUGCAUUUCAGCAUCUGGUGCAGCGAACAAUUUAUCUUGUGUGUUCAUUUGAAAUAAUAUCAAUUACAUGCUUGCUUCGGUUGAAUUUAA